GUUACUUUAAAAGAAAUGUUGUUUUAUCUUGUUAUUAAUUAAUCUAUGUACACUAAUAGGAAUAUUAAUAAUAAUGUAUUAAAACUACAUAAUGGUUGGAAACGUGUCUCGUAGUCGUAAUCGCUUCCACAGAGCCCUAGUACUUGCGUGUAUUAACCAUUUUUUAAUUGUUUCACCGUAAUAUCACCAUGAGUGGACGCGGCAAGGCUGGCGGCAAAUCAAAAGGAGGUAAAUCAAAGACUAGAUCUUCUCGUGCCGGACUUCAAUUUCCCGUUGGUCGUAUUCAUCGUUUGUUGAAGAAAGGGAACUACGCCGAACGAGUCGGUGCCGGCGCUCCAGUUUAUCUUGCCGCCGUUAUGGAAUACUUGGCCGCCGAAGUAUUAGAAUUAGCCGGUAAUGCCGCCCGUGAUAAUAAGAAGAGUCGUAUCAUUCCCAGACACUUACAAUUGGCAAUUAGAAAUGACGAGGAAUUGAACAAAUUGUUGAACGGCGUCACCAUUGCCCAAGGCGGCGUGUUACCAAACAUUCAAGCUGUUCUCUUACCCAAAAAAACGGAGAAGACCAAAACAGCUUGAGACUUUGCUACAGAAUAAUAUUUUGUCAUAUAAUACCACCGAAAAAAGAGCCCUUAUCAGGGCCACCAUAUUUGAUUUUCCAAUACACAGUUAUCACGAUUAUACAAGUGCUAGCUAAAUAUAUAUAUUGAUAUGAUAUUAUUUUAUUUACCAUAAACUUGUUAAAAUAAACAUAUUGAUGGAUAUAAAAUGCAUUAACACACUUUAGUGUUAAAGAACUAGUUAAAUUCCCAUUACUGUAACAAAAUGUGAC